CAGAGGUCAAUAUCGUUCUAUCCGGCGCACAGAUGCUAUAACUGGAGGGAGAUUCAAAAUGGGAUUCUAUCCAGCGGAGUUCACGGCAGCCAUCUUCAGCCACUUCGGUAAUCUUCGGGUCUUCCCCUCGCGCUUCAGCAAUUUCCAUGAGUUUCAGCGAAUGCCCAGUUGUGAGACAAGAAAUUUGCUUUAACUGCGAAUGUGCCAAUACGGCCGAUUACCGAAGAGAAGAAUAUGGCGCCCAUGAAUUCCGCUGGACAGAAUCUGCACAGAGGGGUGGGCGACAUUGAAAGAAAGAUGACACAGGGGGCGGAGCAUGGCCGGGAUUGGCUGGCUCUGCAGAAGGAGCUGCACAAUUCAUUGGAUGCUCAGAAGAGACAGGCCGUGUUGGUGGAGAAGCUUCAGGCCAAGGUGAUACAGUACCGGAAUCGAUACCAAGAGCUGCAGCAGAGUCAGGAAUGGAGCACGGUAACAGGAGAGACCGAGUUGGAGAGGGCUUUGCGGAGACUGGAGGAGGAACAGCAGAGGUGCGAGAACCUGGCAGCCGUGAAUGCUCUACUCAGGGACGACCUUAUCCGCACACAGGAAGCCAAUAAGGUGCUCGGGAACGAUUUGCACAAACUGACUGCCGAUUGGAACAGCUCCCUGCAGGAACUGAAACAGAAAGAGACAGACUGGGAACUAGAGAGAGAGGGUUACAACAGUCAAAUAAAAGGAGAGCACUCUCGCCUUCUGCACAUCUGGACUGACGUUGUUGCUUUUCAGCGCCAUUUUCGAGAACUCAAAACUGCAACAGAGAGAGACUUAUCAUCGGUACGUGCUGAUUGGUCAAGAUGUCUGUGCCUCAUACAGUCUUGCAGCUCAUCCUUAAAAUCAUUCAAGAUCCAAGGAAUGCCAGUUCUAUCAUCACAAUCACCAGAACCUCCGGCAUACCUUCUAUUGACUUGGGACCAUGGAGUUAGAUCAGCUGACCAAGAGCAAGAAGAGCCCCCAGAAGAGCAGGGGAUGGAGUCACACCUUACAGAAUCCAGACAUGAAAUGGAGCUAAUGAAGUCCUUAAAUGAAUCACUUAAACAGGAAAUUGUAUCCAGCCGUCUAUUGCUUGAGACAUCAGGACAAACAUUAGAGACAAUGAGGACUCAAUUAGACAUAUCAGAAGAUAAAGUCUUUCAGGUACAAUCACAUGUUGAAGCAUUGGAAGAAGAAGUCCGAUCAGUGAGAUCACAGUUAGAGGCAGCUCAAGAAGAAGUCACAUUGCUGAGAUCACAGAAAGAGACAUCACAAAAUGAAGUCUUUAGUGUUAGGUCUCAACUUGAGACAGCAAAAGAGGACAUUAGGUCAACGCAUAUAGAACUAGUGACAACAGGGGAAGAAUUAAGGUCAAUAAGGUCUCAAGUGGAGACAGCACAUGAGGUGGAACAAUCUCUAAGAUCAAAGGUUGCUACAUUGGAGCAGGAUAUUAGAGACACGAGGUUACAGUUGGAUACAUCUAAACAAGAAGCAAAGUCAACGGAGUCACGACUAGAGGCCCAAAUCGAAGAGACAGCUAUUUUGAGAUCACAAUUGGAAGCGGAGGAGGAAACAUCACAGCUAAAACUGAAAGCAUCAGAGCAGGAAAUCAAAGCUUUGAGGCAGCAAAUUCAAAUGUCAGCGGCUGAAUUAAGUUUUGUGAGGUCAGAGCUGGCAGGAUUUACACUCGAGGCUGAAUCAUUAAAAUCACACCUGGAGACCUACGAGAUGGAGGCAAAGUCACGACUUGAGGAUAAGAAGCAACAGUUGCGAAAUAGUCAGAGAAUGCAGCAGUCUUUUGAAGUUCUAGAGUCCGAGCGAUCUGCUGUGCACCAGGAGUUGAUACAGUGUCGGGAGGAUCUACUGCGCUCACGUCUGGAAGGAGAAUUAUGUCGGGAAGAGUGCAAAGGCCUUCGGAGUGCUCUCAGUGAGGCAGAGACAAAGAAUGUUGAGUUAGCCAAGACUCAGAGCAGGCACAAAGCAGAAGUAGAUAAUCUUCAAGAUGCCGUCAGCAAGAUGGCCGAUUUGAACCGGGCCCUGUCCCUGGAUAAAGUGGAAUUAAACAACCUCAAUCUUCAGCUGGAGAGGGAGGUUGCAUCUCUUAGAGAGCAAUUGCAGGAGUCAGAAAAAGAGUUUGCACUGGUGCGAGAGCAGCUUCAUUCAGACCUGAGUGCAGAGAUUGCCAAGAGACAGCUUCUAGCACAAGAAAAUCAAGGUGCAGUUGAGAGCCUAGAAGUCGAGCUAGCGGAUGUCCACAGAGAAAGAGAGAGACUACGGGCUGAGCUCACGCAGGUGAUAGACCAGCUGGAAGAGGAGAAAGGCAGAUGGGCCCAAGAGGCAGAGACAAUGGAGCGAGAGAAAUCUACCCUUACUGUACAGCUAGAAGUAAUAGAAAGGGAAUGCCAUGACCUGAGGGAGAAGCUGAAAGAUACACAAUCCAUGAAGCAGUCUCUUGAGAGUUCAUUGUUUGCCUCCCAGGACAGAGCAUCCCAGCUUGACAUCUCUUGCAGCCAGCUGAAGAUGGAGUUUUUAUCAGUAGCGCAGUCUAAAGACACAAUCCAAGGUGAGGUGUCCAUUCUCCAUGCCGAGAGGGAGACGUCAGAGAGGAACCUGCUUGCUCUGUCCCAGAGACUGUCUGACAUGGAGCAAGAGUUGCAGGAAGAGAGAGCACAGAGAUUGGCCAUUGAAAAUGCUAAGAAUGAAUUAGAGAUUGUGGCAGAUAAUCUGAAUGAGGAAAUAUCCCUAAAACAAGCUGCUGAGAGACAAGCAGAGAAAGAAAGGGAAGUUCAGAGAACGCUGCAAGAGUCGCUGGAAAAAGAGCAAGAAGUAACUAUGCAUCUUCAGCUGCAACUUAAAGAAGAAACUGCCUCUCUGAAACUGCUUGAGAAAGAGGUGUCUUAUCUCAGGCAAAGCCUGCAAGACAGCCAAACUGAGAAAGAGACUGCUCUUUACAACUUAGAGCACCAGAUUCUAAUGAAACAAGAGCUGGACCGUGAAAUUGAGAUCUUGAAACAGGCCAACAGAAGCUUCCAGGAAGAAAAAGAAAGUGCUCUGAUAAUCACACAGCGUAAUGCUUACACUAUAGAGGAGAAGGAAAGGCAAAUUAUAGAGUUGAGAAAGACUGUCCAACUUUGCAGUGAGGAAAAAGAGACCACUUUAACUUCUCUAGCACAAUUAACCAUGACUGUACAAGAGAGAGAACGUCAAAUCAGGUCUUUGAAAGAAAAUAUUCAGAAGGUCCAACAUGAAAAUGAAGAUGCUGUCACUGCUUUAGAGCAUUAUAAAAAUAUCGCCAGUGAAACAGAAGCCCAAGUGGUCCUCCUAACAGAGCGUAUCAGAGCGUGCGAGACAGAGAGAGACAUUGCUUUGAAAGCAGAAGAGAGCAGUCGCAUUAUUUUGAGCGAGAAGGAUAGAGAAAUCAGUCAAAUGAAAGAGACAGAAAAAGAGAGUCAGUGUAAAAUGGAGAAUGUCUUGAAGGAAUUAGAGUCUCAAACCAUCAUCGCACAAGAUAAAGACACUUUACUCCAGACAUUAAAACAGAGGUUGAUGGAGUGUGAGCUGGAAAAAACAAGUGCUCUUAACUCAUUGCAGGAUCAGAUUUUAGCUCUAGAGGAAAGAGACACCGAGAUCAGUCAUUUAAAAGAGGCAGCUCAGGAAAGAGAGAUAGCACUUUGCACUUUAGAUAUCCAAUGCCGGACCAUUGAAGACAGAAAUAAAGAAGUGGCAACACUGAAAGAAGCUCUACAAAAUAGCCAGGAGGAAAAGGAAGCUACCCUUGGUUGUCUGGAGUCCCAAAAUAUAAAGUUGUCAGAAAAAGAAAGCGAGAAACGAUUGCAGGAAGAGAGAAUUUGGUCUCUGCAGAAAGAAAUAGAAGAAGCAUUUCUAAUUCUGGAGAACAAGGAGAAACUUUUAGGGGAGAAAGACACUAAACUGACAUCCUUGCAGGAGGUUGUGCAGGAAUGCCAUAGACAAAAAGAGAGUAUGCUAGUUCAACAUAUGUUUAUUGUACAGGAAAGAGACAGAGACAUCAAGAUACUGCAAGAGAGUUUACAGAGGGAGAAGGAUUUGAUGAAACACACAUUAGAUCAGUGGGAUUCCCAAAGAGAAUCAGCUAAGAGACAAAAAGAGAUAGAAUUGAAGUCUCUUUUGGAUAGAAUUUCAGAGCUUUCCCAGGCUCUAAGUAAGAAAGAAAGUGAAGCAGUACUCCUGGAGAGACAGGCCAAAAGAGACAGUAAAGUUUUUACAGAGCAAUUAGAUUCCCUUACCCAGCAUAUAGAAGAGAAAGAGAGAAUGUAUAAAAACAAUAGUGAAGUUCAGAGGGAGAAUAGGAAUCUAAUGCAAAGAGUGUCAGAACUCACCCAAACUGAGGAGCACAGAGAAAAAGACAUCAAAGUCCUAAAAGAGAGGUUAAAGGAACUUUCUCAGACAUUGACAGAGAAUGAAAAUGAAACGGAACGCAUGAAACAACAGGCAGAAAAAGACACCAGUGCACUGAAAGUUAGAGUAUCGGAGCUCUCAUCGGCUGUCAUAAUGAGAGAUACUAAAGAGUUGAGAAGGGUAGAGGAGAUAAAAGCUUUGAAAAAGGAAAUAGAAGUGUGUGAAAUAGCCUUGAAAGAUAAAGAAAAGCAUGUAGAGGAUGAGAGGAGACAAAGUGAGCGAGAAAUAAGCUCACUGAAACAGAGAGUAACAGAGCUUUCUGAAGCUCUAAUUAGCACAGAUGUACAACAGCAAGAGAGAGAAAUAGAGGUGAAUGCACUGAAAGGGAGACUAGAAAUAGUUGAAAAUGUCCUGAUAGACAGUGCAGAGAGAGCAAAAGAUGACAGGCAGAUUUUCCACAAUCUCAUAAAAGAUCUUUCCCAGGAUGUACUUGGAGAAGUAUCUGAGGUUGAUAGAGAAAAUGAUACUCUAAUACAGAAAGUUGAGCUGUUUGGAAGAACCCUCAAAGAGAAGGAGAAGAAAUAUCUGGAAGGCAACAGAGAGAGGGAAUUGCUAAGACAGAGAGUCAAUGAACUUUCACAAGAUAUUUUUCAUAAAGAGAGAGAUGCAGCAGAGGAAAUUAAAACUCUGAGAAUGGAGACUGAAGAACUCAGACAAGCUAUGAUAGAAAAGGAGAAGAAGAAAGCCGAGGAUCAAAAGUGGAGUGAGAAAGAGAUGGAGGCCCUGCAACAUAGGGUGAAAGAACUUUUACAGACUCUGGAAGAGGAUAGGAUGGCAUCAGAAAUAAGGCAAGAAGAGCUGGAUCACCUGAGAUAUGAUAUGAACAAGCUCAAACAGGCUUUGACAGAAAAAGACAGUGAGUUAAGAGAGGAAGGGAAACAGCAUGAGAAACAGAUUUGUUUUCUUCAGAAAAAAGUGUCUGAACUCUCCGAAACACUAAUAAACAAAAAUAUCCAUGAAGAGGAGAUGGAAGGGCAAGUGAAAGCUCUGAAAGGAAGACUGGAAAUAACUAGCCAUACCCUUUUAGUGAAGGAGAUGGAGGCAGAGAAACAGGAAAAAGAGAGACAAACGUUAGCUAAGCUGAUUUCAGAACUUUCCCAUGCUGUGAUUGGGGAGGUUUCUGAGGAAUCUCAAGACAAGAGUCUAACAGAGAGACUUGGGAAAGCUGUCAGAGAGAAUGCAAAACAGUUUGAAGAAGAUAAGUUGGAAAUAGAAACUCUGCGACAACAAGUACAAGAACUUUCUCAAGCUCUUUUACAGAAGGACAGAGAGGCAAACAUGAUACAGGAGCAAAUGGCAGCUGUGAGAAGAAAGAAGGAAGAACUCAAACAAGCCUUGAGAGAUCAAGAGCACAAACAAAUUGACACAGAUACACAGAACCACAGUGAAAGGGAGGCUCUAAGUCAGAAAGCAAAAGAUUUGUCACAGGCUUUGAUAGAGAAGGAAAGAGAGGCAGACAUUUUGAAAGAGGAAGUAACAGCUGUGAGAAGGAAGGAAGAAGAAUACAAACAAACCCUGAAAGAUAAAGAGCAUGCAAAAAUUAAAACAGAUGUACAGAAUGGCAAAGAAAAGGAGGCUCUAAUUCAAGAAACAGAAAAACUUUCACAGGCAUUAUUAGAAAAGGAAAGAGAGGCAGACAUUUUGCAAGAGGAAGUGAAAGCUGCAAGAAGGAAGGAAGAAGAACUCAAACAAACCCUGAGAAAUAAAGAGCAAAAAAAAAUGGAAGCAGAUAACCAGAAUGAGAAAGAAAAGGAGGCUCUGACUCAGAAUGUAAAAAACCUUUCACAGGCUUUAUUACAGAAGGAGAGAGAAUUUGAAUUGACAAAAGGAAAGAUGGAAGAUCUUACCAUUCAAAUAAGGGACCUCAGAAGAUCACAGAUAGACAAGGAACAAGAAAUAACUGAAGAGGAGAGGCAGAGCAGGAAAGAGAUAAAAGCUUUAAAAUUGAAAGUCACAGAACUCUUUGAAACUCUGAUAAACAAGACACUCCAGGAAGAAGAGAAGGAAUUGAAGGUAAAAUCUCUGAAAGGAAGGCUGGACAUUUGUGAAAAUACCCUUCUCGUGAAAGAGAAGGAGGCACAAAAAGAGAAGCUGGAGAAAGAAUCUCUAAAGAACCAGAUUUCGGAGCUUUUCCACACGCUGGCUGGGGGAAUAUUUGAGGGUGAAAGUGAAGACAAAGCCUUGAUAGACAAACUUGAUUUACUUGGAAAGAGUUUGAAACUGAAGGAAAAAGAGUAUGAGGUAGAGAAGAAGGAAAAGAAAAAACUGAAUGAGAAAGUGUUGGAACUUUCACAGGCUUUGCUAGAGAAGGAGAGAAACUCUGAAAUGAUAGAAAGAGAGACAAACUCUAUGAGAGAAAAGUUAGGAGAACUUGGACAAGCACUCAUAGAAAAAGAGCAAGAGAAAUCAGUGGAGGAAGCACAAAGUGUAAAUGAGAAGAAGUUUCUGAGACAGAAAGUGACAGAACUUUCACAGGCGUUGCUACAAAAGGAGAUAGAUGUUAAACAAGAGCUGGAAACCCUAAUGGAGAAAAUUGAAGAGCUUGGGCAAAAUUUGGUUCAGAAGGAAACAGAGAUUAAAAAUGCAGAAAAAGUGAGAGAGCAAGAGAAAAAAGAACUGCAAUUAAACCUAACAUCACUUUGUCAGUCUCUGAAAGAGAAGGAAAAGGAGGUGGAGUUGACAGGAACAGAGCUGAAAACAGCGAGGGAGAAGAUAGGAGAACUCAGACUGGUCCUAAUAAAUAAGGAAAGAGAAAUAAUAGAGGAAGAUAGACGACGUGAACGCGAGAAAGAAUUAAUGCAGAGGGUGGAAUCACUUUCUGACGCUCUGCUAAAAAGUGAAAGAGAGACAGAAUAUGCAGGUUUGGAUAUAAAAGCUCUGAAAGAAAAAAUAGGACAACUUGAGCAAGCUCUCAUAGAGAAGGAGGAAGAGGUAAAAGAAAGAGCAAAACAAAGUGAAAUUGAAAAGGACAAAUUUAAAGAGAGGGUGGCCACACUUUCAGAGGCCAUGGCAGAGAAGAAAAGAGAGGCAGAGAUGAACAGAGUCCAGAUGGAAAGUCUAAGAAACAAGUUAGUGGAAGCUGAACUUGCCCAGACAGAAGAAAUGCAAGAAAUAGAGGAGAAUUUAAAGGAUGAGAAAGAGAGGCAGGCUCUAGGUGGAACGCUGACAGAACUUUCCAAAACUCCAACAGAAGAACAGAUUAAAGAGACAGAAAUUGCAGCCCUUGAGGUUAAGAUAGCACAACUUGUACAAACUCUGACUCAAAAAGAACAUCAAAUAUGGUUGAGUGAAGCAGAAAGAAUGGCUUUGGGUGUGAGGUUCAAAGAAAUAACUCAGGAUUUGAAAAGGAGAGAAUUGAUAGAAAUAAAAGAAGAUGAAGAAAAUGCUUCACUGUUGAGAAAACUAAUAGAAUUGUUUAAGGUUCUAAAAGAGGAUAAAGAAGCAAAGCAGAAUGAAUUAUUAAGUAAUAAAAUUACAGAACUUUCCCUGUUUCUGGAAAAGAAGAGGAGUGGGAUUUUUGAGAGAGUAGCAGAACAUAAAGUUCUCAGGGAAAAUUUGGAGAAACUUGGCCACUUGAUAUUUGAUGAAAAAGACUCAAAGGGAGAGAGUGCCUCUGUAAGAACAACAAAGCUGGACAAUGAGAUAAGAGAAGACAUGAGAAACAUCCUGGAUAUUGAUAAAGGGAAGCCAACAAAGAAGGAGGAACAGGGGAGGUGUAGGCUGAUGAACGAGGUUGAUGAAGAACUAGAGGAAAGUGGCCCCUAUAGUAGAGAAUGGGAGAGGAACACAAGUCUGGGUGAUUUGUAUCAGAAGAUAGAGACUCUUCAGAGAGAAAACAAUGAGGGGAAGCAAAGGGAGGAACGUCUGAAACACAGGCUCAAGAGAACAGAAAUGGCAUUGAGACACACAGAGUCAGAGGAGAUUGCCUGGAGGGAAAAGGCUCGGGAACUGGAAGCCAAGAACAGGGCCAGACAGUUCCACACACCUGCUGCAGCUCGUGGCAGUUUAGAAGAAAGACUGGAAGUCCUACAAGGGACAGUGGCAAGACUGGAGAAUGAGAAAGGUGCACUGGAAAUCCGAACCCUGCAGCUGAGUCAGACCCUGCAAAGAGUGGAAAGUGAGAGGAGGAAUCUCCGAAGGGAAAUGCGCAGUCUCACCAUGAUGUCGCCUCAGAGUUCUGUGGCCAUGCAGCAACUGAAGGAUGUAGGGAGCUCUACGUCAACGCUAAGCUUGCUAGACUUGCAAAAACAGGUGUCCCUCUUAAAGUCACAGCUGAAGGCGGAACAAGAACUCCGCUCGCAUUACAUACAACGUUGUUCACGCACCAAUGAUGAUAUCAUGAAUCUACGCAAUGAUCUUACUGAAUCACUGGCUACUGUGGUUAGUGAUCCUCGACCAGAAAUCCUGGAGAGAGAAACCGCCCGACUGGAUGAUACUCUGAACCACAGUCUUGGCCUUCCCUCUACCUGACUGGGCUCCUGUCAACAGAGGAACUAGACUGGUAGUUAGACUAGAGAGUUGUUGUGAAUGUUGUUCAGGUGCAGCACCACGUGAGUGAAUGUUCAGGGGCGGAGCCUCAUGCGUGAAUGUUGUUCAGGGGCAGAGCCGCGUGUGAAUGUUGUUCAGGGGCGGAGCCGCAUGUGUGAAUGUUGUUCAGGGGCAGAGCUGCGUGUGUGAAUGUUGUUCAGGGGCAGAGCUGCGUGUGUGAAUGUUGUUCAGGGGCGGAGCCGCGUGUCUGAAUGUUGUUCAGGGGCGGAGCCGCAUGCGUGAAUGUUGUUCAGGAACAGAGCCACAUGUGUGAAUGUUCAGGGGCAGAUCCACAUGUGUUAAUGUUGUUCAGGGGUGGAGCCGCAUGCGUGAAUGUUGUUCAGGGGCAGAGCCGUGUGCGUGAAUGUUGUUCAGGGGCAGAGCCACGUGUGUGAAUGUUGUUCAGGGGCAGAGCCACGUGUGUGAAUGUUGUUCAGGGGGCAGAGCCGUGUGCGUGAAUGUGAUGUAUGGACAGUGCAGUGAGUGUAUAGAAUAGUGUAUAGCCCCUGAAAGUUGUUACAAUGUCCUUUAUACCUUCCUACAUGGUGUUAUCAGUGUAUAAGAUAUAUUGUAAUAAGCUAUUUAGUUCUGUAUUAACUAGAGAUACAGGUGCAGUUACUCCUGCUUGUACAAUCAAUAUUUAUGUAUUUAUAUUUGUCAAUAUAGUUUUUAUAUGAAAAACUAAAUUUUUGGUUACAAGA